GUCCCCAGAUCGAGCUAGAGAUCGGUUUCUGCGUGUCGGCGACCUGGCUAGGGUCUGUAAGGUCUACAAAUCUCGAGUUCUCCAAACCUCCGGGGUCUCCCUUCAGGUUCCCGUUUGUGAGCAGAGACAGUUGGCUCCCCGAGAGCUUAUUCAGUGGACUCUGCAGGCGGUGGAAUGUCUUGGUCCGGCCUUCUCCGUGGCCUUAGCAUGUCCCUAAAUUAUGGCCUAGCCCUGGCCCCCCGGCCUUGGUCCAUGCGUCCCAUGGCCACCCUGAACCAGCUACACCGUCGGGGCCCCCCGAAGUUUCCGCCUUCGAAACCAGGCCCAACGGAGGGCCGGCCACAGCUGAAGGGCGUGGUCCUGCGCACCUUUAUCCGCAAGCCCAAGAAGCCCAACUCAGCCAACCGCAAGUGUUGCCGCGUGAGGCUUAGCACUGGCCGGGAGGCCGUCUGCUUCAUCCCUGGAGAGGGCCACAACCUGCAGGAGCACCACGUGGUCCUCGUAGAGGGCGGCCGCACGCAGGACCUGCCAGGUGUCAAGCUCAAGGUCGUGCGCGGCAAGUACGACUGUGGCCACGUGCAGAAGAAGAAGUGACUGUGGGGGACCCGGUGGGUGGAUCAUCACGCAGGAGAACUUUCUUUCCCUUGGUGCACCUGCAGUGCCCUCAGGAAGCAAGUCCAGCUCUAGAAGUAGCUGGUCUGGGUUCAAAGCCCAGACCAGUGGACCCUUAACCCAUAGGGGUCCUGGGUGCCCCUCUCCCAACACCUUUGGCUUCAUGCUGGCUCCAGCAACCUCUUCUGCUGAGACAAGACUCUGUACUGCUAUCUACUGGGGAGGGUUUGCAAUAAAGACCCCAGCCCCCAAGGUAUGUGACCUGAA